AUGCAGAGCUAUUACAGCGGCAUACUUCAGAGACCUGUUCAUGAGCGGAAGGAGGCUUUAGAUAUAUCAAAAGAGGCAGAGAGGCUCGAGAAAAUGUUACCAUCCAGUGAGGCGGAGGAGAUAGACAUAGGCAAGGAGGAGAGGCUGCCGCUGAACCAAGAAUUCAAGGACAUAGAGUCGCUCGACGGGCAGCAUAGCCAAGUGGAGGCACUGGACCUGCACGAGAGGCUCAAAGAGGGGAAUAUGAACCUCUCCAUGUUCAACCUUAAGUUCUUCUUCCAUCCCAAGAAGUCAGAGGACGAGGGGCUCUGGAAUGACUUCAAGAGCAUGGCACUCGAACCUUCCUCCGAGGCCUACGAGGACGUCGAGGGGCAGAUCUGCGAGGGGGAGAGGGUGCAGGAUCUUCAGAGGGAGGUGGAGAGAGAAGGGAUGCAACAGAGUCAGGAGUUGUUUACAAUAUCGGAGGCUUGA